AAAACAUAAAAGGGACGCCAAUUUGUGAGAGCAAGAUUUGUGGCACUGCAAAAAGAUUCACAGCAAUUAUAACACACAAUGAUGCUUGCCAUGCCGCUCACAAAGGCCUUCGUGUCAACGAAGAAGUUGUUGGGUGUCCUUGUAUUCAUAUCUGUCUGUUUGGCCUUUCAAGGGCUUGCAGUUGUGCUGUUCAAUAGUCGGGUUCACCAAAAUGAAGACCAUGUCUUGAACCGACCGGUGCGGAUUCCAGACAACUUUCAUGUUGAAAAGGCCAAGAGUCUUUCUUAUGUGAUGCAGCUGAAAAGUACACGGCGAACCCUCAAGUUUUUCCACAUUCCCAAAGCAGCAGGAACAGCCAUUGAGCACGUGGGUGGAGCACAAAUGAAUCUACCCUGGGGGAGCUGUCUCUUCAAGCAUUAUCCCAAGCGAACCAUCUGCACAUACCCACCAAGCAAUUUCGAGUGGCCUCGCAAUUAUGGAUGGUGGCACUUACCUGCACAAUUGUUUCCAAUGGGAGGAUCCAAUCCGUAUGAAGGGGCCGAGUUGUUUGCAAUAAUAAGAGAUCCUUUCGAUAGACUGGUCAGCGAGUUCUAUUACAUUUGUCAACUAAGAGUGUUUGAAUGGCGACCAGAUCAGUGCAACAGAAAUAGACUUUUUGAGAAAGAUUACAUGAAUGAAUGGCUUCAAAACAAGCUGUCACACAAGGACUUCGACAAAGCAAAGACGUAUCUGCAGGACAAUGGCCACUUCACUCCUCAAUACAACUUUUUGGUGACAAAGAAUCAAGUUCGCAUGGUAGACUAUGUAAUGAGCAUGGAUGAACUACCAACACAGUUCGCGGGCUUGAUGGAUGCUUAUUCAUUGAGGAUUAAAAUGGCAAAGAAGAAGAUUAACGCAGCCAGAAACUCAACAACGCACUUGGAACCGAAAGAUUUGGAUUCUGUUACCGUCAAAUCAAUCCAGAAAGUCUUCCGGCAUGACUUUGAUUUGAGCCCUCUCUUUGAGAGGAAUCCAUGGAAAAAGACGGCUUGAUGAUGCAGUUGUUGCUAGGAAGACCAAAUUUCUAGCCAUCCCAAUCAACACUCUGCUUGUACAGAGGAUCACGCAUGGCAGUGGCACUCCCAAUGAACAACGCAGUUUCAUUGAAGUAAUGGUCGGCAUACUACUGGUACCGUAUACGCAUACUCAAAACUCUUAUUCCGUGUUGUUCCAACUAGGCCAACUGAAACAUUUUGUGAUAAUUUUUAAACAUUCUGUUCUCUUCCAGCAGGCGCCGCACGGUCUUUUCGCACAGAACUUGCUUUUUCAGCCGUCUAUAGUAGUUAUCUAGGAUACUAGUAGUCUAGUUUAGACAGAGAAUUGCACAUUGAUUCCCAGGU